AUGACUGAUCAUGUUAUGUCGUGUAUUAACUCUGUGACUUACUCUGUUAUGCUCAAUGGGCACUCACAUGGUUUCAUUAGACCAGAAAGAGGAUUGAGACAGGGAGACCCCUUAUCUCCUUUUCUCUUUAUACUUUGUGCAGAGGCUUUGGUCAAUGUCCUUAACCAAGCAGAAAGCCAAGGGAAACUACAUGGGAUUAAACUUGCUGCCAAAUGCCCACCAGUACAUCAUUUGCUGUUUGCUGAUGACAGCUUACUGAUGUGUAAAGCCACGGUUGAGGAAAGUGAGCAGAUCAUAAGUUGCUUGAAAUUGUAUGGUGAUGCCUCGGGUCAGUUAAUCAAUACGGCGAAGUCUUCUAUCAUCUUUGGUGCAGCGAUUAGUGACCAGACCAAGGAGGAUAUAAAAGAAUCUCUAGGCAUUACUCAAGAAGGUGGAGAGGGGACUUACCUGGGCUUACUGGAAUGCUUCAAAGGCUCCAAGAAAGAGCUACUUAACUUCAUCAAGGAGAAGCUUGAAGGAAGAUUACAGGGGUGGUAUGCAAAGACAUUAUCAAUGGGGGCCAAAGAAGUUUUGAUCAAGUCUGUAGCACUUGCACUCCCUAUAUAUGCUAUGUCUGUCUUCCAGCUACCAAAGGACCUAUGCGCUAGACUUACUAGUGCAAUUGCAGAGUAUUGGUGGAGUAGUGGUGACAAGAAGAGGAAGAUAUCUUGGGUCGCAUGGCAACGACUGUGCAAACCGAAAGAUCAAGAAGGAAUGGGCUUCCAUGAUAUUGGACGCUUUAAUCAGGCUUUGCUUGGCAAGCAAGCUUGGAGGAUUUGGAGUUCGUUUCUGGAAUGCAGUGUGGGCACAAGACCAUCUUUCGCUUGGAGGAGCAUUAUUCAUGGUAGAGAGUUGAUGAAGAAGGGUCUGUGCCGAUCCAUUGGUAAUGGGAACCUUUCAAAUGUCUGGGCAGAGAACUGGAUAGUUGAUGGCACACCAAGGCCUCCCAUAGACUUGCUGCUGACCACGUUCUCUCCUGACGACGUUGAGCGAAUUCUGCUCUUGAAACCAGACUUAUCUAAGGAGGACUCUACUAAAUGGAGCUUCACAAAGGACGGUGCCUAUAGCACUCGCAGUGGCUAUCAGUUCACAGAAGCCUUACUGGAACUCAACAGCCAGAAUAGGCAUUCUCUCCCUCCCAUAGAGAAAAAACUGUGGAGCACUUUAUGGAAGAUUAAAGCCCCUCCGAAGAUCAAGCACUUCAUUUGGCGAGCUUUGUCUGGUGCCUUAGCAGUCAAGGAAAGACUCCAAACUCGAGGAAUCCCAGUUGACUCUACCUGUCUAGGAUGUGGUCUUGCUAGUGAAUCUAUCUGUCAUGUUCUCUUCCAAUGUGACAAAGCACGACAGACGUGGGAAUUGUCCAAUAUUCCUCUUCCUCCUGCAGGCUUCUCAGGGAACUCUGUCUUCCUUAACAUGCAUUAUCUAAUCUCUGUUAUGAACAAUAACAGACUGGAGAAGAAGACUCGUCAAGCUAGGAACUCACAAACGUUUAAAGCUAUAACAGUGCCACCUAGACAAACGGCUAUCAUUUCCUAUGACGAAGCAGAGAUAUGGACAUCAGCCAAUUCUCCCCAGGAAGAGGAAGUACUCAUCCCAAAUGUGGUCUCUUGGAUUAAACCGCCUGUGGGUGCUCUCAAAUGUAACUUGGGUUUCUCUUGGGUCAAUGCUCAGAGAAAGUGUGGCGUCUCAUGGAUUCUCAGGGACUCCCAAGGUACCACUAUCUCACAUAGCAGAAGAUCGUAUUCUUCCGUACGGUCUCGUCAUGAAGCUAGCAUGAGAGCUCUCUUUUGGGCUGUCGAGUGCAUGAAAAACAUGAGGCAAAACUACGUUAUCUUUGAAGCUUCUGCUGAAGAAAUAAGAGAAGUAGUGCUCUCUCCUGGGCUUUUCCCUCACCUUUCUCGGGACAUUAAUCAGAUAAAUGCUUUGCUUGAGGGCAUUGAGUUCUGGAGACUGGAUCAUGCUGCGGUGGAACGCAACGAGGCUGCUAAUCUGAUUGCGCAGUCGGUUACCACGGGACACCGAUACCAGUCGUAUAUUGCCUCUCAAGGUCCGGCUUGGCUCCACUCCCUGCUCACUAUCGAAGGUCAAAGCCAUUAA